ACGACAAAUGAAAAAUACCUACGAAAAAUAUCAACACGUGUUUUACUUACAGAGACAACUUGAAAUGUCAUUACUCUGAUAAGUUACUCAAUAUCAUAAAUGGAGACUUUGUGGAAUCAAAAAAACUUGAGAAGACCUCCCCAUGCAUCAUGGAAUGUGUCUCUAAAUACUUUCAAUUUUACUCAAUAUGUACAAACAAUUGAAAUUAUUCAAAAAGAAAUAAAAACUUUGAAUCUUCUCAAUACGGAAGGAGCAAUAUUAAGUCGAUUGAUUUAUCGGAUGAAAAGUAAAUUUAGAAGUGACAAAGGAUUAAAGAACAUGGAAAAAGUGAACAAGGCACUAUUAAAUUAUUUGAACAUGUCUAUAGAAAAAGAUUAUGAAAUCUUGAAACAGUAUGAAAAGAUAAAUGAUAAUGAUGUCAGUUUACCUUCUCGUCAAAAUUUAGAAUAUAUUCUGAUUAGAUUGCAAGGUUUAGCCAAGCUCAUGGGUCGUGUAGAAUCAACUGCAACAACAGCUGCAAUCUUUCUUAAAUCUAGAUUAGAAUUGGGUCAAUCAUGGAAUGUAGCUGUUAUUUCAUAUGCUGUAAUUAGUAGAAUAUGGAUUCUAUCACGAUACUUUGUGAAAAAAAUAUGUAUAUGGUAUGGUUACAUUUAUAGUUAUUCAAAACAAUUUGAACUAGUUGGCGAUGCAUGGCUACCAAAUGAAUAUAAUUUUCCAAAGAGUCUCUCUAAGUGGCUUGAUUUUUCUUGGAUUAAUGAACCUAUACAAAGUAUUCCUUUACAAAAUGAUUUGUCAAAAUCUCUUUAUCACUUGAUUAAUGAUGAAGCCGAAAUCAAAGACGAUGUUGAAGAUAUUGAAAAACUAAUAUCAGAAGAACCAUCAGAAAAAGAAAGUACUGCGAAUCAGAAAUAUUUACAAAUGUUAGAUUGUUCAAAUUUUGGAGAACAAACAACUAGAGAUUUUUAUACCUCAACUAAUAGUAAAGAUAAUAAUAAAAAGUUUAUCUCAACACAGUUGAAAACUAACACAAAAGCAAAGAAAAAAAUUAAAAAGUUC